CUGUGUGUACAGCACCCUGAUAGGGACCAGAGCCAUGACAGUGAAUAAGACGAGACUAUGCCCUUGAGGAACUCACCUCUGCUAAGGGAAAAGGGUGUGGAAACACACAAUGGUGGCAAAGAGAAAAGAGGACAAUAGGACUGCAUGAAGGGGAUGGAAAGUACCCAGGGGAGGAAACAGUUAAAUGUGUGUGAGGAGGUUGGUGAGGAAAGACUCUAAGAGAAGGCUCUGUCUGGCUGGGUUUGGAAGGAUGUGUAUGAGUCUUCUAGGAGGCACAGGCACACACCAGGCAUAGAUAAAGAUCUGCAGGCAUGGCUUGUUGGGAUGAAUUUCAAGGAUUCUGGAAUGAGGACAGCCAUGGAGACAAGGGCAGGAGAGAGGAGAUUUAAUAAAUUUUAUGCCAAUGGCUCCACUUGAGUUUCUGAUAAGAAUCCAGGACCCUUGGACUCCCCAGUAACAUUGAUUGAGUUGUUUAUGAUUCCUCAUAGAAUAUGAACUCAAAGGAGGUCAGUGAGGGGUGUGUGUGUGUGAUUCUUUGCCAACUGCCAAGGUGGAGAAGCCUCUUCCAACUGCAAGUGGAGCACAGUUGACCCUGCUACUGGCUGCCACCCCAGCCCUGCCUCUUUCUCCAGCAUAUAAACAAUCCAGGAGCCUCAGUGAAUCACUGCUGUGCAGGGAAGGAAAGCUCCACGCACACAGCCCAGCAGGAAAGCUCCACGCACUCAGCCCAGCAAACAGCAGCACACAGCUGAAAGGAAGACUCAGAGGAGAGAGAUAAGGAAGGAAAGUAGUGAUGGAUCUCAUCCCAGACUUGGCCGUGGAAACCUGGCUUCUCCUGGCUGUCAGCCUGAUACUCCUCUAUCUAUAUGGAACCCAUUCACAUGGACUUUUUAAGAAGCUUGGAAUUCCAGGACCCACACCUCUGCCUUUUUUCGGAAAUGUUUUGUCUUUCCGUAAGGGCCUUUGGACGUUUGACAUGGAAUGUUAUAAAAAGUACAGAAAAGUCUGGGGUUUUUAUGACUGUCUACAGCCUGUGCUGGCUAUCACAGAUCCCAACAUGAUCAAAACAGUGCUAGUGAAAGAAUGUUAUUCUGUCUUCACAAACCGGAGGCCUUUAGGUCCAGUGGGAUUUAUGAAAAGUGCCCUCUCUAGAGCUCAGGAUGAAGAAUGGAAGAGAAUACGAUCAUUGCUCUCUCCAACCUUCACCAGCGGAAAACUCAAGGAGAUGGUCCCUAUCAUUGCCCAGUAUGGAGACGUGCUGGUGAGAAAUCUGAGGCGGGAAGCAGAGACAGGCAUGCCUGUCACCUUGAAGGACGUCUUUGGGGCCUACAGCAUGGACGUGAUCACUAGCACAUCAUUUGGAGUGAACAUCGACUCUCUCAACAAUCCACAAGACCCCUUUGUGGAAAACACCAAGAAGCUUUUAAGAUUUAAUUCAUUAGAUCCAUUCUUUCUCUCAAUAAAAAUCUUUCCAUUCCUUACCCCAAUUUUUGAAGCAUUAAAUAUCACUAUGUUUUCAAGAAAAGUUACAAAUUUUCUAAGAAAAUCUGUAAAUAAGAUAAAAGAAGAUCGCCUCAAAGAGACACAAAAGCGCCGAGUGGAUUUCCUUCAGCUGAUGAUUGACUCUCAGAAUUCGAAAGACACUGAGUCCCACAAAGCUCUGUCUGAUCUGGAGCUUGUGGCCCAAUCAAUUAUCUUCAUUUUUGCUGGCUAUGAAACCACGAGCAGUGUUCUCUCUUUCAUUAUGUAUGAACUGGCCACUCACCCUGAUGUCCAGCAGAAACUGCAGAAGGAAAUUGACGCAGUUUUACCCAAUAAGGCACCACCCACCUAUGAUACUGUGCUACAGAUGGAGUAUCUCGACAUGGUAGUGAAUGAAACGCUCAGAUUAUUCCCAGUUGCUAUGAGACUUGAGAGGGUCUGCAAAAAAGAUGUUGAAAUCAAUGGGAUGUUCAUUCCCAAAGGGGUGGUGGUGAUGAUUCCAAGCUAUGUUCUUCAUCAUGACCCAAAGCACUGGACAGAGCCUGAGAAGUUCCUCCCUGAAAGGUUCAGUAAGAAGAACAAGGACAACAUAGAUCCUUACAUAUAUACACCCUUUGGGAGUGGACCCAGAAACUGCAUUGGCAUGAGGUUUGCGCUCAUGAACAUGAAACUUGCUCUAAUCAGAGUCCUUCAGAACUUCUCCUUCAAACCUUGUAAAGAAACACAGAUCCCCCUGAAAUUACGCUUUGGAGGACUUCUUCAACCAGAAAAACCCAUUGUUCUAACGGCUGAGUCAAGGAAUGGGACCGUAAGUGGAGCCUGAUUUCCCUAAGGACUUCUGCUUUGCUCUUCAAGAAAGCUGUGCCCCAGAACCCCAGAGACUUCAAAUUACUUUGUGAAUAGAACCCUGAAAUGAAGAUGGGCUUUAUCCAACGUACUGCAUAAAUAACUAGGGAUUCUCUACAUGUAUUGAGCUCUCUCACAGUGUAUAUAGAGUGUUAUACUCGGUAAUGUAAAGGAGAUGACCAAAUCAGUGCUGGGGAAGUAGAUUUGGCUUCUCUCUUCUCAUAGGACUAUCUCCACCACUCCCAGUUAGCACCAUUAACUCCUCCUGAGCUCUGAUAACAGAAAACAUUUCUUAAAAACUUCAUCCACAAUCAUUAAUGAAAAUAACAAUUAUUUUGAUGGCUCUAACAGUGACAUUUAUAUCACAUGUUAUAUCUGAAGUAUUCUAUACUAAGUUUUAUAUUAAGCAAAUCAACAAAAACCUCUUUACAAAAGUA